AUUGAGCACGUCCUCGAGGAACUGAGAAGGCAGAACGAGCAGCACAUUCGACUUAUUAAUGACCUCACUGACGCCUGGAGAGCUGACAACGAUCGAAGUGCUCGGGCAACGGCUCAAGAAAUGGUGACUUUUAACCUGACUGGAUACCUUGACAAGUUCAGCAAAGUGUUGGCCGGUGAGAUUCGUACUCUAUUAGGUGAGGUCGGACAUCUCCACGAACAGAAGCGAAUCAUACAAUUUGAAAUCGGAUCACUUCUGCACAUGCAUAGUCAAUAUGGACCAGGUGGCCAGUUCGAAUCCGAGUGGUAA